UUUUUUAUUUAUUUUUUUAUUUCAGUGAAUAUUCCUGCGUGCUGAAAAAAUGGGAUGUUGCCAGUCCUCUUCCGAUGCAGAAGCCGAGAGAGCACCACUGCUUCAUACAGAAUCUGUGAGGUCGCCACGCUCAGCUGCUAAAGACACAGCUCAGAGGACAGGCAGAUUUACUGCCCGGCAUGUUGGUGUGCCCGACCUCAACCAGCGUUUCAUGGAUGUUGCGGAAACGUUCAACAAACAGCAAGAGAACUAUAACAAGAUGAAGGAAAACCUUCAGACUAUCGCGAUCUGGUACAACUGCCAGACUAAUGACAGUCUGUCACAAUGCCUGAAGAAAAUCAAAGAGGAACAUGAUCAACAUCAUAUCAGUCUGGAGGUUAAAGGUUAUGACUUCCUACUAGUGGUGAGGUCAGAAGCCAAAAUUCCAGAGAAACUGAAGCGGACGCAAGAGAACAUGGGGGAGUUGAGUAAAGCUGCCAAGGCUGUCAUGUCUGUUGGCACAAAACUCCACGAGAUGAUCGACUCGCUUCUGAAGGCCGAGGAGAACAUGACCGAACAGAUUGAAGAUGCUGAAUCCCAACACCAGGAGCGGAAGAGGCUGGAAGACAACCUGAAGGAAAACCUCAGACAGGCCAAAAGAGCAAAAGAACUGAGUCCAAAGUACAGGAAUGAGGCUGGAGAACUUCUGAAGGAGGUGGCUCUGCUGUCUGGAAUCACUCCAUGAAACGAGCUACUGUGUCCUUUACAGUAGUACUAACUAUUUGUGGAUAUGAAGGAUUAUAUAUUAUGGUUAAAACAGGGUAGAGAUUUUUUUUUUUUUUAGAAUACCUGUUUAUUAUUCUAAUAAACUAUAACAUGCUUAUUUUCUUGUCUCAUUUUUUUAAACAAAACAUUUUGUGAGAUGAUUGAAAAAGUGAAGCAGAAAGCCUUUUAAAUAAAUACACAGUAUUUACACAAUCUAUUUCUGUUGACCAGAACACUAGACUGCUGAUUUAAUGAUGUGAACAGAGGCGUUUAAAGGGUAUUAAUUGCUGUUUAGUUUUGAAAAGCACUUGCAUUGUUCAGAACUGGUCCUCAGUGGCUCUUCCUGGUGUUAAUGUGAAUAUGUGAAUAUUGAUCUAUGACAAAUUGGAGCAAACACAAUCUUGAGCCCACUGCUUUUAGAAGAAUUAUUCCAUGUUUGAAUAUUUUAUUGUCAAUUAUUUUUGUUUUUUUUUGUUAGAAUCAUACCAGUGCACCUGUUAAAUAAACAUAUUAUUUUA